UUGAUCUCCAUAUUUAACUAUAUUUAUAUAUAGCUAGCUUUUGUAUUGUUUCUAGUUUUCAUUUCUUCAUUGCAACAAGCGCUAUUACAUUUGUACAUGGAGACUGUUGCCGUUUUCGUCUACAUUUUCCUAUUUCUUUCAACUCUUCUCUCGUGUUAUCCCUUCGUCCGGAAGAGAAGAAGAGAAGCUAAACGAGUUUCUAAGCUUCCUCCAGGCUCAAUGGGAUGGCCUUACGUCGGGGAAACUCUCCAAAUGUACUCUCAGGACCCGAAUGUCUUCUUCGCCGCAAAGGAAAAAAGAUACGGAGAGAUUUUCAAAUCGCGCAUACUCGGUUACCCUAGUGUUAUGUUGGCGAGUCCUGAAGCCGCAAAAUUUGUGCUUGUCACUCAUGCUCAUUUGUUCAAGCCGACGUAUCCCAGAGGCAAAGAGAAAAUGAUCGGCCCUUCAGCUCUUUUCUUUCACCAGGGACACUACCAUACUCAUCUCAGGAAGCUUGUUAAAAUUUCAUUAGCCCCGCAAACGAUUAAGAAACUGAUUCCUGAUAUUGAAGCCAUCGCCAUUUCUAGCUUGGAGUCAUGGGUGGCUAAUAAUGGACAAGUCAUCAACACUUAUAACGAGAUGAAGAAGUUCUCUUUUGACGUUGGCAUUCUCUCCAUCUUUGGUCAUUUGGAUGGCAGCCAUAGAGAGAAGCUGAAGAAAAACUAUCUUACAGUGAACAAAGGCUACAAUUCUUUUCCCACAAACAUUCCAGGAACUGCAUAUCACAAAGCUCUCUUGGCAAGGAAAAGACUGAGUAAGAUUGUGAGUGAGAUAAUCUGUCAGAGGAAGGAGAAGAGAAUUGUGGAGAAGGAUCUGUUGGGUUAUCUUUUGAACUUCAAAGAUGAAAAGGGGCAAGUUUUAACAGAGGAUCAAAUUGCUGAUAACAUAAUUGGAGUACUAUUUGCAGCUCAGGACACUACAGCUAGUGUUUUAACAUGGAUUCUGAAGUACCUUCAGGAUAACCAAAAACUUCUAGAAGCUGUAAAGGCAGAGCAAAAGGUAAUAUACGAAUCAUAUACUGCAGGAGGAAAGAGAUCCUUAACAUGGGCAGAUACCAAGAAUAUGCCACUCACAUAUAGAUUGAUCUUGGAGAGUCUGAGGAUGGCAAGCAUCAUAUCUUUUACAUUCAGGGAAGCAGUAGUUGAUGUAGAAUACAAAGGGUACCUCAUCCCAAAGGGUUGGAAAGUGAUGCCAUUGUUCAGGAACAUCCAUCACAAUCCAGAAUUCUUCUCUGACCCUCAAAAAUUUGACCCAUCUAGAUUUGAGGUAGCCCCAAAGCCCAAUACCUUCAUGCCUUUCGGCAAUGGCGUGCACACCUGCCCUGGCAAUGAACUUGCCAAGCUGCAGAUACUCAUUUUAAUCCACCAUCUACUCCCCAACUUCAGAUGGGAAGUGGUGGGUUCUCAAAGUGGGAUUCAGUAUGGCCCAUUCCCAGUUCCUCAACAAGGACUCCCAGCCAGAUUUUGGAAAGAAUCAAAAUCAUCAACCUCAACCUCAACCAAACAAGACUAAUUUCCAGUCUCUUACAAAUAAUUUUCUAUUCCCUAACCAAAACCCUUCUAUUGUAAUUGUAGUUUUAAUUUCUAAGUAAGUUAACUAGUAUUGUAAUAAGCAUUAAGCAAGAGGAUUUUUGGGAAAUUUUCAUUUUCCCAGAUGUAAUUUUGUAAAACAGGGCGUGAUGCCCUUGAUUGGAGGGCAAAUAAACCAGAAUCGAGCCUACUUGAAGCCAUUGACAGGUUGCUAGUGGGCGGUGGCCCCAUGAACUGAUUUUUCUCAAUGACUUAUCACUUACAGAUGAAGGGUAUUUCCAGAGGAGGGUGACCUAUAAAUUAAGGGCAAUUGUCAGCAGUAGCCCACCUGCUACAUACCUAAAAGUAACUCAAACUGUAAGGCUAUGUAAGUUUUUUUGUCUCAACUAUUCCAACAAACAGGCCCUGCAUUUGCAGAGAAUGCCCAAAGUAGUGA